CCGAGUCGAUAGGUCUAAUCGCUCCGUAGGAUUUAGGAACGCUUGUUUUGACAUCAAAGUCGAUCAAAAUCCACCUUGUAGUUCUGGGUACAAGAAAUUAGGGUUUGUGGCUUCUGGAACAAGAUGACCAGGCGCAGUGGGAAACGUGAGAAGGCGAUCUCUUCUACGAGCGACGACCGCAGGAAACCUGAGAAAUCAGGGGCGGAAGCGCCACCCAAAGCAGUUGGUGAGAGUGGCAGCAGCCGAAAGGUGCUGGGUCUCAAGAAGGAUAACAGGCAUAAGAAAAUUAUGAGGAAUUACAGAAAAAUGCAACGCGCUCGGCGCAAGGAUCCUUACGCUGAUUUCCGCCAAUAUCCCACUAACAAGCUGGCGGAUCUGGACCUAAUCCACAAGUACAUCAGGCAGCUAAAAGAGAGCGAUGGUUUUGACGUGGAUGUUUAUCCGGGUCUUUGUUUCGCAGCUGUGUACGUCCCUCGACCCGAGUUUAAGGAACCUUGCCAACUUCGAACAGAUGCUAUUGAAAUGUCUCAGUUGGCAGUUGCCCAAUUCAACAGUGACAACAGAGAUAGCAAGGGGGUACCAUACGAGUUCCAAGGUAUUGAGAGGGUAGUUUCAUACUCUUGUAAUGGGGAAAUCUUUCUCAUUACCUUCCAAGCUCGAGAGGCUGAAACUGAUGAUAUCAAGACUUUUCAAGCUAAGGUGUUUGAUCCUCCCGGUUUGGACGAGGAGGAGGAGAGAGAGGUCAUGCUCGUCAGACUUAAAGAACUCUAGAUUAAUGAUAAUGGGGAAUUGGAAUGUGCGACCUCAGCUCCUUUGUCUAUGUGUUUCUCUACAUUUUCAAGUGUACACAUCGAGUGUUCGUGUAGUGGUUGUCUUUGUAUGCAUGUUUGUGUUUUAUCUUUAAUAUGAGUACAGUAUCUCUCAUGUCAUUGUCUUGCUCAGUCGGGGAAGUACUUUAAGUCAUCAGAUAGCAGCUAACUGUUCCCCUUUGGGUGCUCUCUUAAGCCAUGUCUUCUGUCUAAUUUUAGAGUUCAAUGAAAGUCUCCAAUUACCCAACUAUGGAGUUGUAUGCAAAUGGUGUUACUAUGGUGGUAUUUACGUGAGUAAAGGUCUGGAUCUUGAAAUUUGUUA